AGCUAAUUCCGUCACACAAUGUGCUGCAGUGGCUAAAGACAAAGGAUAUGAGUACUUUGCAAUCCGGAAUGGUGGUGAAUGUCUUUCAGGUAGAAACCUUUACUCUGGGUAUAAGGAACACGGAGAAUCAGACGAAUGCUUUGAUGGUGAAGGAGGUCAUGAUGCCAUGAAUGUGUACAACAUAACAGGUAAUAUUUAAGGGAUUAAUGGUAUUAAUUAUUAUUCAUAUUUCUCCAUUUCUCAUCGGCUCAAUAACCACAACUAAUUCUUCAUAACCAGCUGGGGCAGACCAUAAAAUUAUUUGGAAUCUGGAAGAUUAAGGCAAUAACCAACUGAUACAAUGGAUAUUCUAUAAUACCUCAGCAUCAGCUACAGUGGAACCUUGAUACAACAAAUCUCUAUUUAACAAAGUCCUUGGUGUAACACACAAUUUUCUCUACUCCAAUAAUAAUGAAAUAAUUAUGUGGAAGAGAAGCUUGAUAUAACAAAACCCCAUGAUAGGAUUUAUUUAACAUCCUUUAUAUGUGCUUUUAAUUCACAAUUAUUCCAUGAGUGCAUGUUGGAUAUGAGUUGGCCAUAACCAUCUCAUAUCCAACAAGUGUGAGUGAAAUAAUUGUUUUAUUAAAAAUCCCCACAAAAUAUCGAGAAUUCUUCCAACUUUAUUUGUUAAAACAACCGAUUUUCAGCUUGUUUUGAGGAGAUGCAUACAGUCAGGCCAUCUGUUAGGGUGCAAUAAAAAUUCAGAAAUUGUGCGAUAUUUUCAGGGUAGAUUGUGCGAUAAGAUAGGACUAUUAUGCGAUGAAUUAUGCGGUUUUUUCAGGCCUAGUUUACAUUGUUUUACCAGGUUUCAAAGGAGAAAAACCACUCUAAUAAUUAUUGUUUAACAUGCAAUUGAAUGUAAAGGGAUAAUGAAACAUCUAUUUUCAAACAAAAUAGGUGAACUUGUCUGAUUAUCUUGUCCCGGAAAAGAAAAAGGACACUCUUGUUUAAUAUUACAUGACGCUGUUACACCGCACACCAUGCUGCUUGUCUCUGAAAUCAUACAGAUACAGAUACAGCGAUGGAAGGUUUCAGAUGUUUUGCAAGGCUUUCUUUAGUGGUAAAUCACCUUAAAAAACAUUAAGAUUGGGAAAAUGUUUAAUUAAAGUUAGAAUUCAUUGCUCACUUUACUUGAGUUUAGCAUUUUUUAACGAAUUAUGUGCUUUUUUCAAAUUGUGCGAUCGGAUGCGAUUUGAGGUCAAUUGUGUGAAAUCGCACCAUCGCAUAAUAUCAGAUGGCCUGUACAGUUACCAUAAUUAUUUGGAGAGCAUGGUAUAAUUAACAAUUCUUUGAAUUCGAGGUGAAUAGUGGCUAAAUAUUUACCGAGCCGCGAAAGCGGCAAGGUAAAUAUUCCCAAAGCCACUAUUCACGGAGAUUGAAAAGAAUAAUUGUUUUAGUAUAUACACACGAAGUGAUCUCAACAAAAUUAGAGAGGAAACCAUUAAAAAGUACAAUUCGAUUGACAGAUCAAAUCACGUGUCAAUUUAAAAAUAGAUAUUUGCAGAAUUUUCAAACAUGGCAAUUCACAACUUUAUCAUUUCGCAAACAACAGCGUAAUGGCUUAAAUGGAACCACUAAAAGUUUGAACUGUUUCCUUACCUGAGAAGAAAAGUGGAGCUUUGUUGUUUUCUGUUGACUCGCCAAGUUUUUAUCCAAAAGGGCUUGUUGUGUCGUUCUUCACAUGAAGUGCCGACAAAAAUGGCCGACUCGGUUGCUUGAGGUAAGACGUCGUCUUCCUGUAUCAUUCUUUUUUCUGUUUACUUGAAACGUAGAAUUUCUGCAAACAUUUCCUUUUAAAUUUGUUUGUCAUGAAUAAAAUUCGAUUUUUGAGCCAAAAGUUUCUUGUUAGAAAAUGCUGAGUUCACGAAACGGCUUCUUCUAUGCGAAUACACGGGAGUUGCAAACAAUCCAUCGAGCACAAAACUCAGCUACAGUAAAUUGAAAAACGCCGUAUUGAAUCCUUCCAUGUCUUUUCUUGCCUUAAAAAAAGUCACCCCUAGGAUUUUGUUGAGUUUUAAAAGAUUGUUCUCUAAAAAAAUGAGAAAAACACCGAGCUCACACAUUAUCCACUCGCUAGGAGGUGAAUAUUGUUGAAUAGUCCGAGAUAGCGAACCAAUCAGAUUGCUUAAAUCACCAAGAUCACUCAGUGUAUAUAUACUAAAUUGCUCAUAUACCAUGAUGGCUAAGCUGUAGAAUUACAUGAUCCAAUAAUUCAGUUUUUAAUAAUAGGAGAUAUCCCAGAGAUAGACGAUUUUGAAGGUGACAUCCUGCUUACAAAGGUUCAGAAAGAUAUGAUAAAACCUUUGCAUCAAGAUGUGGCUGCCAUGGGAGUCUGGUCCAAAACUCAAUUUACAGUGUGGCCUGAAAGAACUGUUCCUUAUUACAUCCCACCUGAUCUUGGUAAGAUUGCACCUUCAAUUAUGUUGUUUUGCCGUAGCUGAGCCAUUCAGCUACGCGGGCUAAAAUUUGUGUUUAGGGAAUGGUGUUGUUAUAAAUACAUGUAAAUAUCCAUUAUGUGUGAGAAACAACUUGGUAUGCUUUGCAGUAUGUGCCGUGCUGAUGAACUCACAAGUUGCAUGCAUGCAUGCUGAGAUAAACUUGUAGGCACAAGUUGAUGUUAAGACCAUAUUGUACUUAAUGGCGUCUAAUUUAUAAUCAACUAUUGUAACCCUGUGUACAUGUAUACUCUUUAACGACAUCAGGGUAGACUAAGGCACUCUUACAAAUUAAAUCAAGUGCCAAAUUUGGCCACGAAAUUUAAUGGCAAAGUAACAAGAUGACAUGAACGUGCAUUCAGUUUGUCCUUAA